AUGCGUUCGUCCACCGUCAUCGUCAUUGCUGCUCUUCUCUCUGCCCCUGCACUCUCGGCUGCUCAGGGUAGUGAGACUACACAGAGUUUUCCGAGCCACUUUCGCCAUGAGAAGGGCCUCAACCACGAGUCGUACCGCCACAACCGCGUAGCUCGCCCGUUCCGCCAGCAGGCGCGGGGCCACAUCGGGCGCCGCUACCGUCAAGCAUCCGAUGAACGCGUUGGUGAACAUUAUUACCCGCACCAUGACCAACCCCGCUACCCGGCUGGCCACCGUCAGUACGGGCGCUAUACAGACAGUAGAGCGCUUUCGGUCGGCACUGCAGUAAACGCUGCAAAGGACGCAUACACCAUCGGUACAGAUGCAUACGAUGUAUAUGAAGCUGGCAAGGACGCUUGGAAGGCGAUCAAAUCACGAGCGGAUGCCUCUGGGGCAAUCUCAGUAGGAGGUGCCCUGCAGGCGGGCAAUGACGCAGUCCAGAUCGGGAACGACGUCUACGACGCGUAUGAGGCUGGCAAGGACGCGUGGAGCCAGGUCAAGGGGCGGUCGCUGCUGGACGAGCUUGACUGA